AUGGCCAAGGGAAAGAAAGCAGAAGAGAAGCCCAAGGAGGUCGAGACCAUUACCCUUGACGUGAAAAGCUUUGUGCGCACCAGAGACUCGGUCGUCAACGGGCUCGCAACCCUCCAAGAAGCCAUCAAAACCCUCUCGAGCGCCUACAUCAAGCAUACAAAUGCAUGUCUUGGUGAUUUUUCCACCAGCCAGGAAAUCGACUCGUCUCUAGCCAGGCUUGGUGACAAUCCUUUGCUACUGGGAGAUCUUCAACAUCCUCCGAGUCCAGCCAGGUCGGCCGCCGCAGAUGCUGCACCCGAGAAGAAGGAGCGCAAGAAGAGACAGCAUGACCCCAAUGCGCCAAAGCGUCCUCUUACACCUUUCUUCCUGUAUAUGCAGACUGCGCGCCCCAUCAUCACGCAAGAUCUUGGACCAGAAGCUGCCAAAGGUGCUGUCAGCACUGAAGGCACAAGAAGAUGGGGUAUCAUGGACGAUGACGACAAGCAGCUAUGGACCAAUGCCUACAAGGACAACUUGCGACUCUACAACGCAAGAAUGCACUCAUAUAAAAGUGGCACCAACCCGGAUGCUAAAGACAUGACCGAACUAGAAGCAGCUGCCUAUGCUGAUGAGCACAACAUCGGUGCCGAUGCCGCCUCAGCUAACGCGCAACUUGUUGGAGAGGCCAAUGCUACUGUUCUUCAUGACACAGAUGCUGAAGGCGAGCCAGAGAAGGAACCCACGCCUCCUAUCAAGACGCCAAAAGGCAAAGGAACCCGAAAGAGCAAGGCUACACCAGUAUCAUCUGCCCCCGAGCCAAUUGUCCCAGCCGCAAGCAUUGUCCCUCCCAAGGCCGCCCCAGCAGAAAAGGAAAAGAGUCCCGACAAGAAGCGCAAGCGAGGUAGCAAGAAGACUGUAGAUGAGUCGGUUGGUGCUGUUGAGAAAGAAGAGCUCCAGGUGGAGACACCAAAGAGCGGCCCCAAGCCAAGAAAGAAGAAGACGAAGGCUGACUCCUAG